GCGAGCUAUCACCUGCUAUCACUGGGUUAUCCGGGGUGGUGAGAACGUAGCAAGAGUGGCGUCCACUUUUCGUCAAUACUUCCCUGCCAAAUGCACACUCGCAAUCCCUACGCAACGCCGCCUGAUUUCCUCGUUUUGUCAAAAGGCUGUCCCAGCCUCGAAUCAUCUCUGAUCAGAGUUGGUGAUACAUGGACAAUUGACUUCAAGAAUGAGCAGUCGCAGCGACGUCUGACCGAGGCCAUCCUUCACCGCGACUUCAGGUUGUCGGUGCACCUACCAUUAGACAGACUUUGCCCGCCAGUAUGUUCGGUGGCUGAAGCCAUCCCGCCUUCUUCCGCUGACCGCGCGCAGAAUAAACUACGUGUUGUGGAUCGAAGACAUCAUGAACGCCUGUGGGUUUGCGGAGCAGGCGGUUUGCGGGAUGGAUAUUGGUACCGGCGCGUCUGCUAUAUACCCACUUCUCGCGUGUCGGAUGAAUACGACGUGGUCCUUCGUUGCAACAGGCAAGUCCAUCCUCAGCUUUCCGACAAGCCACUGAUCUACUGGAGCUUUCUUGCAGACGUCGACCCGGUUUCAAUCGCUUCAGCCCUGUCCAACGUCACUCAAAACGAGCUUGGUUCGCGCAUCCAAAUCAUCCCGACCACACCGAAUGCUCGUGUCUACGCAUGGCUGCAUGACAAUCCCGAGGCGUGCGUGAAGUUCACUAUGUGCAACCCGCCUUUCUAUAGCAGCCACGAAGACGUGCUGGCGUCUGCUGUGGCCAAGGAGUUCCAACCUCACGCCGUUUGCACAGGCGCCGACGUCGAAAUGAUCACACCUGGGGGCGAGGUCGCCUUUGUUCGUCGAAUGCUCAGUGAGAGUGUCCAGUUGCAGGAACGAUGCUGCUGGUAUACCUCGAUGCUCGGGAAGAUGUCAUCUUUGGCGGACAUCGUGGCUGCCUUGCGCAGUUUGAAUACGAUCUCGCGGAUCUCGAAUGCCCAGCUGCAGAAUCUGAUGCCUGCAAGAAACGUCCUUCGUCAGCCACUCCAGCAUUCUCCGUCCGCGGACGACCUUUCUGCGAUCUUGAGCGCGAUAGAGGAUAUUGGAGUCGAGCGCGAGCCCGACGACAAUGCGUUUUCGGUGCGCGCUACACGGGUCACUUGGUCGCGGACCGCUCGGCGAAAGAAGAAGCAAAACAUCAUCGUCGAACCGGCGCCAACCAUGACGCCGAUCCUCGUCUGUCGUCUGCGCUUAGUGGGACUCGUUCUAGAAUCGCAGUGGGUCACUGGGAGGAGCAGAUUAGUGUUUGAGGGAUUCACGAGCCAUGUCGGACGGAAAUUGGCCAAGGGAGACCAGUCUGAGGGCGCAUCUUAGGCAUGAUUCGGAUGGAUGUUUCACCUGUGUCAUCGAUGAUAUUUCGUCACCAGGGGCAGAGUCGCCGUCAGUCGCACCAAACAAGAUCUUGACCGUCGCAUCAGCUCCGGGGACCGUGAGGCCAAUGCUAUCGACGUCGAGAUAGCUCUUGUUGUUUCGGUGGUCCUAUCGUACCGAGCGUAAGACAAGAAUUGAAGGUUCAGCUGCGAGGUGGUAAAUGAUCCGGUUGGAUAUAUCGGCUGCGAAGACCUGCCGCUCGGCAGUGUUUGUCAAGACUGCAGUUGUGGGUUUAAGUUUUGUAUCACCGGGUCCGCCAUUUGGUAAGGGAAAGACCCCGUAGGGCUCUUACGAGGAUCAUGCGCGGGAAUGUUUCCGGCGGUCGACCGAUGUUCACGUGCACACUUUCGAAAUAACAACAGCUCUUCUAAGUUCUCCCUGAACCUCCAUCGGACUGCCGGUGUAUAUUUACCUGGAGCAAAGAACCGCUAUGCCUUGCCUGGCAGUCGCUGCCAGGUCGGAACUUUCUGG